CACCGAGGGAGCGAGCACCAUGUGCCGGCCAGCGCUCGCCCGGCUGCUGCUCCUCCAGCUGCUGCUGCUCAGGCUGCUCCUCGGCAAAGGCGCUGUCAAGGAGUGCGAGGAGGACCAGUUCCAGUGCCGGAACGAGCGGUGCAUCCCCGCCAUCUGGAAAUGCGACGAGGAUGACGACUGCUCGGAUAACAGCGACGAAGCGGAUUGUCCAAAGAAAACUUGUGCUGAGUCGGAUUUCACUUGUGACAAUGGCCACUGCAUCCCAGCCAGAUGGAAAUGUGAUGGUGAAGAAGAAUGUCCUGAUGGGUCAGAUGAAUCAGAAGCAGCAUGCACCAAGCAAGUAUGUCCAGCUGAAAAAAUCAGCUGUGGAGACCUCAGCAACAAAUGUAUCCCGUCGUCCUGGAGAUGUGAUGGGCAGAAGGACUGUGAAAAUGGUAUUGAUGAAGCUGGUUGCACUCCUGCCUGUUCUCCCAAUGAGUUCCAGUGCAGUAACAAGUCGUGCAUCUCCAUCAUCUUUGUGUGUGAUGGUGACAACAACUGCGGGGAUGGCAGCGAUGAAAGAAAGUGCUCCCCUCUGACCUGCAACCCCAACGAGUUCCAGUGCAACAACAGCGUGUGCAUCCCUGAGCUGUGGGUGUGCGAUAACCAGCCGGACUGCGAGGACCAGUCGGACGAGGCCGUGGAGAAGUGUGGCUACGAUGCCAAGGCCCUCAACACCUGCGCCGCUCACGAGUUCCAGUGCGGCAACGGCGAAUGCAUCCACCUGAACUGGAAGUGCGACGGAGACGAAGACUGCAAGGACAAGUCUGAUGAGCAGGAUUGCCCUCUGGUGACCUGCCAGCCAGAUGAAUUCCAGUGUGGUGAUGGGACCUGUAUCCACGGAGCAAAGCAGUGUGACAAGGUGCACGACUGUCCUGACAACAGUGACGAGGCAGGCUGUGUCCAAGAGUCAGCAUGUGAAAGUCCCAGCAAGUUUCAGUGUAAGAGUGGAGAGUGCAUUGACGGAGGCAAAGUGUGCGAUUCACAUAGAGACUGCAGGGACUGGUCUGACGAGCCUCUGAAAGAAUGUGGUAUUAAUGAAUGCUCGAUGAAUAACGGUGGUUGCUCCCACAUAUGCAAAGACUUGAAGAUUGGUUAUGAAUGUGAGUGCCCACCCGGAUACAAGCUGCUGGAUAAAAAAACGUGUGGAGACAUAGAUGAAUGUGAGAAUCCAGACGCUUGUAGCCAGAUCUGCAUUAAUUACAAGGGGGACUACAAAUGCGAGUGCUACGAGGGAUACGAGAUGGACACCCUAUCCAAGAACUGCAAAGCUGUAGGCAAGAGCCCGUACCUGAUCUUCACCAAUCGCCACGAGGUCCGCAAGAUAGACCUGGUGAAAAGGGACUAUUCACGCAUCAUCCCCAUGCUGAAGAACGUGGUGGCACUGGACGUGGAGGUGUCAACAAACAGAAUAUAUUGGUGUGACCUGUUCUACCGAAAAAUCUACAGCGCCUACAUAGACAAAGCCAGUGACACAGCUGAGCAGGUGAUCCUGAUAGACAGCCAGCUGAACUCUCCUGAAGGACUGGCUAUAGACUGGGUUCAUAAGAACAUCUACUGGACAGAUUCUGGAAACAAGACCAUCUCAGUGGCCACUGCGGAUGGACGCAGGAGGAGGACACUUUUCAACAGUGACCUCAGUGAGCCAAGAGCCAUUGCUGUUGAUCCCACACGGAGGUUCAUGUACUGGUCUGACUGGGGAGACAAAGCCAAGAUCGAGAAAGCCGGUCUGAACGGCGUGGGGCGGCAGGUGCUGGUGAUGGACAACAUCGAGUGGCCAAAUGGCAUCACACUUGAUUUGCUGAAUCAGCGUCUCUAUUGGGUAGACUCCAAAUUGCAUUCACUGUCCUGCAUUGAUUUCAACGGCAGCAACAGAAAAGUUCUGAUCUCUUCCGUUGAUGAUCUGAGCCAUCCUUUUGGCUUAGCAGUGUUUGAGGACAGAGUGUUCUGGACUGAUCUGGAGAAUGAAGCAAUCUUCAGUGCAAACAGGCUGAAUGGCUUGGACAUCUCUGUUUUGGCAGAAAAUCUCAAUAAUCCCCAUGACAUUGUGGUAUUUCAUGAGUUAAAGCAGCCCAAAGCUCCAGAUUCCUGUGAGCUCAGCCCCCAGCCAAACGGAGGUUGCGAGUAUUUGUGUCUUCCUGCACCUCAGAUUUCUCCCCAUUCUCCCAAGUACACGUGUGCCUGUCCUGACAAUAUGUGGCUGGGUCCUGACAUGAAAAAAUGUUACAAAGAUCUUCCAACUACUUCAACUACUGCACUGGUUUCUACCACUGCAGCAUCUCAUACUGCUGGUUCCACAACCAUCACAACUGGCACUGCCAGUGCCAAUAACACCACUGAAGUUGUCCCCAAAGCUGUAUCAGAAGCUACAGUCACCACCCCAACUUUCCAUUUACCUUCCACCACAUCCAUCCUGAUGGAUUCUGAGAUGACCACUGGAAACAGCAAUUUAUCACAGCAUUAUGCAAAUGAUGAUCAAGGCUUUGACUCAACGGUGACAGCAGCUGUGAUUGGAAUUGUCAUUCCUGUUGUGGUCAUUGGCUUGCUGUGCAUGGGGGGAUACCUCAUCUGGAGAAACUGGAAACGGAAGAAUACUAAAAGCAUGAAUUUUGAUAACCCAGUGUAUAGGAAGACAACAGAAGAGGAAGAUGAAGAUGAAAUCCACAUUGGGCGGACUGCCCAAAUUGGACAUGUCUACCCAGCACGGGUAGCACUAAGCUUAGAAGACGACGGGUUGCCCUGAGGAUGAAGCUGCUGCUCCACACAACACACUGAACACAUCUGCUCUGGAUCUCAGAACUUGCUUCUUCUUUUUCAUUGUUAUUUAUGUUGCAGAAGGGUAACCACAAAGUUAUAAUGAACUGCAAACAUCCAAAGGAUGUGAGAGUUUUGUAUGUAUAAUCUUUUAUACACAAUUUAACUUGUUGCACUACCCAGUUGUGAUAGUGAAUAAGCAACAGCUGAGCUACUAACUCAAUGUACAUAACCAGCCAGGCUGAAAGUUCAGUAGCUAUUGCUUUAUUUUAAGACUAUAUUUAUAGAUAUUUUGUAAAUAUGUUGAAUAUGCUUUGUGGCUAUCCAUCAACAUAAGUAAAACAAAUUCUGUACAGGCAGUUUAGAAAUAUUUAUUAACAAAAUCUGGAUUAUAAGAUCUGUUCUGUAAAUAUAGUAGAGGGGUGAGAGUAUUUAUUUUUUGUAUGUUUGGCUUGCUGUGCAUAGAUUACUUGUGUAUAUAUCUAUCUAGGCUAGAUAGAUAUAUAGACAUAUAAAUAUAUACAUAUAUAUAAAAAUAUAUACAUAUAUUUUAAAACUACUAGCCUACAUUUAUGAAAAUUAGGGAUAAUUGAAUUUUUACAGGAUGUUUGAGAAGUUUGCUUUGAAAUCUAAGUAAGAAAGCUGUACUGUAAGACAGCAGAGAGAUGAAGCACUCCCGUGGCAAACAGAGCCCCUGUUUUUCAGACUGGCACAAGGGGCUGCUUUUACAUUUCCCACCUAUCCAGAAAGAUUCAUCUGCAGGGCUUUUUUAACUGAAGAGCUUUUCCUUA